AAAAAAAAAAAAAAAAAAAAAAAAAGAAAUCUACCAGCACCUCCCUUUCAGGUAACUUUUCUCAUUUUGUGACUUGGGAGCAUCAACAGAGGUUCUCAGCAGAUCUCACACCCCCUUCCAACAUGACAGAGUCAGCAGAAGCUGUGGCAGCUGAUGUGGACAGUAAGAGAAGUGUCACCAUUGAAAUCUCAAAUUACACUAACAACUACUGCCUCCUGAGCCCAAGGGUGUACCUCGAGAAUGGGGAAACAUACAACCCACCUCAGCCCACAGUGCACCGUCUAAAGACAGAGGUCUGCACUUUUGCCAAGUCCAGCAGCAAAGCAACCGGCAGCAUCGGCGUGAUGACCUACGACCUUUUCGAGAGGUCGCAGAAUGACUACAUUGAGACUGUGGCCAUCAUGUUCUCAGUUCCCUGGGACUACAACCUGUACAAGAACUGGUUUGCCGUGGGCAUCUAUAAAAAGGGCCGUAAUUGUGAUAAAGAUUUGUACAAAGAAAUGUACUAUGAGAAGAAUCAGCAGGAGCAUGGGUUUGUCAGGGAGGAAGCCAAUGGAUCAGGAAUCAGUUAUGUGGGCAACUAUCUAGAUAUCAAGGCCACCAUGAGUCCCAUGGAAAAAGCCAUCAUGAAGGUGGAGGUGUGGGAUAGGAUUUUUACACCUGCGGGCCAACAGACGUACUAGAGACCCCGCCAAACAAGUAUUUCUGUUAAGAGUCUCAGCAGCAGAAUUCAUCUCUCCACCUCAAGCAUUUACAUGUCAGAGUGUUUCAAAUACAGUCAGCACACAUGAUUUUACAGAUCCAUUGUUGCUGACAUGUGCCUGUAUACCAUGGGGAUUACCCUUUAAUAAAUCUUCUUAAAAUCAUAGUUUAGUUUGUUUAUAAAUCCAGGCGGCAAACCCCCCCUUUAAAGCCAAAGCCUCUGUCUGUUUCUAUAGCAUCUGGUUUUAAAAUGGCAUCUUUAGAAAUGAAAAUCAAAGGAUGACUCACUGGGGGAUGAGGGCACAUAGCUUAAUAAAACAAACUGAGAGCUUGUCUGUAUUUACCUUGACACUGUAGUCUGAAGAAUAAAAUAAACCUGAUUUGCUCGGGC